AAUUGUAAUCCAACUUUUAAUCCAACAACUCAUUGUUUUGAUGUUAAUUUGAUUUUUAUUAAUUGAAAUACUUGAGUUGAUUUGAUACUCACCGAAGCGUAAUUGUAGGCAACGAUGGCUAAAUCAAGAAUACCGGUGGCUGUCAAAAGUCCAGCAACCAAAAAUAAUGAUAAUCAAAAGUCAAAUAAAAAGAAUAAAAAAGUGACCGGUGGUGCUGGUGGUGAUAGCGGGUCGAAAUCAAAGAAAAACAAUUCAAAUCAAGCUCCAAUAAUGACAGCAAUGAUGAGUGAAGAUUCAUCAUCCAAUGAUGAUAAACAAACAGAAAUGAAAAGUUCAUUGAAAAAGCACUCACUGAAAAUCGAUGAUCAAAUCAAUGAACAUGAUGAAUGGAUUUCACCGAUACAGAAUUAUUUUAUUUGGUUAAUAUCUGCCAUUUAUUUGUUUGCAUUCGUUUCGUUCUACAUGCAAAUUCGUGGCCUUUAUGGCAACAAAGGUGUACUGCCGUUACGAUAUUUUGCCGUAAAAUAUGUUGAUUCAAAUGAAAAUGCAUCAUUGGAUUCUAUUAAUCGUGCUGUUCCAUCAUUGGUUUGGUAUCUUGCAUCCACUCAAGGCUUUUCAUUAACAUCAUCAUUGGAAUUGAUUAGCAUAGCCGGAUCAUUGAUUUCAUUCAUUCAGCUAUUAUCGAAUUCAUUUCGUACGCCUAUCAUUUAUUUUCUGUUAUUCAUACUCUAUUAUUCUUGUGUCAAUGUCGGUCAAACAUUUCUGUACUUUCAAUGGGAUGCCUUUUUACUUGAAACCGGUGCUUUAACAGUACUUGUUUCAAUUCGUUGUACCGAAUAUGGAAGCCGUUCAUUUUUGAAUCGUUUUCGUCCAUAUCCUCCAUUGGUUCUUUGGACCGUACGUUGGCUAUUAUUUAAAUUUAUGCUUUCAUCUGGUAUCGUAAAAUUUACAUCCCGUUGUCCAUUAUGGUGGUCAUUACGAUCAUUGGAUGUACAUUUUGAGUCACAACCUUUGCCAACACCAUUUGCAUGGUAUGCUCAUCAGAUACCACAGAAUUGGCUUCAUUUGGCCGUUGUCAUACAUUUUGUCAUAGAAAUUGCCGUUCCAUUCAUGUUCUUCACACCGUUUCGAACCUUGAAAUUAUUAUCAUUUUACACUCAGAUAUUCCUACAGAUUAUGAUCGCUUUGACUGGAAAUUAUAAUUUUUUCAAUCUGUUAACAAUGGUAUUAUGUUUGACAUUACUUGAUGAUGAUAUGUUCCGGCGACGACGGCCACAACAAACUGUUCAAACGGAAUCUACUAUGGAAAGAAAUUCAAUGGAGAUCUGCAUAUUCGGCGCAAUUAUUGGAAUGUUAGCCUAUUAUACAGUUUAUUAUUUUGAUGUAAUGUUUCAUUGGAAUGAUCUACUAAAUGGGCCAACAACUAAAGUCAAUUUUACUUAUGAUCAAUUUAAUUUAUUUGUUAUACAAACGGUAACUGCUUCGAUUGUAUUGGGAAUCAUUUCGUUGACAUGUAUGGCAUUGAUUGCAUUAUAUAAAUCCAUUUCAUAUGGAUCAAUUACUGGACGUAUUGUUCAUUUGAUAAUGACAAUGUUUUAUGUUAUUAUUUGUGCGUCAAUAAUGGCCAUAUCGAUCGUACCAUUGGCUGAAUUGGAUACGACUGGUUAUCAUAUGAAAUCAACAGUCCCGAUGGAAAUUCGUCGUUGGUAUCAGAAUGCUCAGCAUCAUCAUCUUGUAUCAUCAUAUGGAUUAUUUCGUGUAAUGACUGGUGAUGGUGGCCGUCCUGAAUUAAUUAUUGAAGGAUCGAAUGAUGCAAAUGCAGCCGAUGGUAGUGUUGGUGAUUGGCGUCCAUAUUAUUUCCGUUAUAAACCAGUUGAUUUAUAUCAAUCACCUGCUUUUGUUGUACCACAUCAACCACGAUUAGAUUGGCAAAUGUGGUUUGCAGCAUUGGAUAGCUAUCAGAAUAAUCCAUGGCUUUUAAAUCUUUGCUAUCGAAUAUUAACUGGUGAAUCGGAUGUACUCAAUCUAUUAGAUACGACACGUUUACCGUUUGAUAAACCACCGAAAUUUUUACGUAUUAGUCGUUAUAUUUAUAAAUAUACUGAUUCAUUAAAAUAUCGAGCAUGGUGGCAUAAAGUAACAAAUCGUCAUGCCUAUCUACCAAUGGUAACAAAAGAAACAUUGGAAAGUGCAUUAAAAUUGGUGGAAUUAAAAAAACAAAUGUCACCGGCAUUAAACAUGGCUAGUCGUGAUCGUUCAUGGACUGAAUUAGUUCAAUCAUUAAAUUGGUUACAUUCAUUUUUAGUUGCAAAUAAUUCAUGGCUAACAGCACCGGUUAUUAUUUAUACAUUAAUAUCGUUUGUAGCCGUUAUCAAUUUUCUUCGAUCAUCAUCAUCAUCAUCGAAAUUAAAGCCAAAAUAGUUUAACCUUUUUUUGAAAAACUAUUGAAUGUAGAAAAUCUAUCAAUUCUUUAUAUCUGUUCGAGUGGUGCCAAUUUUUGAACUUAAAGGAUUAGGCAACAGGAAAAAAA